AUGUCAUCAUUCCCUCUUUCAAGUCUGUCGCCCAUCGCCCACCGCAGCAUCAUCUCUAUAACCCAAACCAGCUCUCCCAACAUAGCAAGCAAGGUCAUGUCCAGCGCCAUGUCAUCCUCUGCUUCUGGCGACAUGUUUCGUUCGUACGAGAGCCGCAUCCAGUACGAUUCACCACCAAGGAGCUGCGCCCCUACACCUCAUAUAGCCCCAGCAUCAAUGUCCAGCUCCUUUAGCGUGCUGCAUUCCCUGGAAAUACCAGAUCUUUGGCUUCCCGCCGCCAAUCCCAUGUCUCACCACGAUACCCACAGUAGCACGAAUCUGCUACCGGCAUUUCCUUCGUGGAACACACCCCUACUGGAGGCGAAGCCGAUAGAUAACUCGACUCUUGACUUUCAUGAAUUGGUGCUUCCUGAGACCGGCGCUGCAAAUGUUGAUUUCUCUAUGACCGGAUUAAUGAACGCAACUAUCGAGACAAACCUUCACCAUACUUCAGCUGCUCCUUCCAAUGACCACCCAAAUUUGCUCUUGGAUGACGCGCACCGGUCUACUCCUUCUGCUGCCCCUCGUGAGCAUUCACCCUCUCACCGUUUAUGCCACCAACGGGCUCCAUCGCCGAAACAAUGCUCACGGUGGAAGGAGAGCGCCGAGAGGCCCAUCUGGAGUGACGCCUCGUCGUCCCAGGAGGAAGAGGAAGAGCGCCUGCUCGAAAGGCGGCGGCGAAACAAAUUUGCUGCCCAGCGAUUACGACAGCGGAAAAUGGAUCAACUAGGUAGCCUCGAGUCACGGAUUUACGACCAGCAGUGGCAUCCUCUACCUUUUAUAAAGUCUAGUAAUGUCCUCGCGGCUAAGAAAAGCCUGAAGGAUAAGUCUGACAUUGAGGAUGACGAUGAAGAAGUUGUUGAGGAUGCUAAAGAAGAGGACGAAGAAGAGCUUGACUCGAAGAAAGACAAGUAUGUCAAGGUACCUAAAGCCAAAGGAGACGCCAAAGGCAAGGCCGCCAAAGCCAAAAAGACGAAGGGAGAUGAUAACGAAGAAGAUGAGAAGGCGAACAAGGGCCGGAAGGGGAAGGCCAAAGCGAAAUAA